AUGGAUGCGGAGAAUAAAGAUUGGAAAAGGAGCGUGGGUUUUCCAAUCAAUUACAGCUCUACAAGCUCUGAUGAUGAUUUCGACACAAAAGACGUGGUGUUCAGAAAUCCCCGCCACUCGUCAAAAUAUCUGCUCGCUGACUGCGGAGAUGGGGCUGAAGCCGACCUUCUGGGCACCACUCCGCCCCGCUCCAGAAUCCGUGACAAAGAGAGGGGCAGGAAAAAUCACUUGGAUGCGACACCGGGUUUCCAGCGCCUCUUGCGGGAGAAGAAAGAAGUGGUUGAUCACUACGAUAAUGGCUCUCCAGUAAGCGACCGUCUGAAGAAAAGAGCCAGUUUAAAAAUCAUCCGCAACAGAGCUAGGGACAGUAAACUGGACAUGACUCACGAUGCCAGAGCUGAUUCUCUACCAUCACCGAAUCCAAUACCGGCAGUACCAACUUUGGUUGAAUCAUGCAAUCGCUUCAUGUCUCUCACCUCCCGGCCCAAGAACCGGGAUUGCCAAGCCUAUGCGGAGAAGUCGCUCCUCGGCGAGACCAUCAUCGAAGAGCGGUGGAAAUGUGAGGAUGAUGAGGAACUGCCUCCGAGCAGAGUCAGCUUCCAUAAGACUUUCAGUUUACUCAUCAAUAUGGGGAAUAUUGAGAAAGGGUGUAAAAGAGCGAUAAGUCGCGAAGAGCAGGUGUGGCAGAACGAGCUAAAAGACUUAAUAUGGCUGGAGCUGCAAGCCAAACUAGCUGGCAGGACCCUCGCCCAGCAGGACGCGUUCCUUUUUGCGCAGCGGGACAUUGUACCCACCAUCAUUAAUAAUAUAUUUGAAUACAAGUUUGUAAAUACUAACCCAUGUGGUCGGCAGCUACAUCGUGAUCCUCAUAAUGACGUCGAUCCAGACCAGUCUCAGGACACGGGCGGACCUCGUCCAGACGAUAUCGUGAUAUACGGCUGUCUGUCGUUCGAGUGUCAGCGGUGUUCGGACGCCAUCGGCAAGGCGAUGCGCGAGGUGGGAGCGCUGCUGGAUUCCUUCUACAACGCCGUGUCGCUCUACCCUUCCAGCAGGAAUAUGACGGUGGAACACCCUCAGAUCGCCACUGCAGCAUUCAACGAUAGGGUUAAGGCGAUGUGUCUAUGGUAUAACAUAACUCUACACAUGCGGAUGAAGUUGGUGUCGAUGCGAAGGAUGUUGCGGUCCAUUCGGCUCAAGCAACAACGUGUGCAACAGAGAACUUCAAUGGAUUCUAGCUUUAGCAGACAAUCUUCUGAGUCAUCACGGCCUUCCCAUGUUCGAUUCAACGUACCUAACAAUCCAUCAGACUCCAGCAGCAGCGACCACUCAGCUCAAGGUGAAAUCAAAGAAGAGUCACCCGAUGAAGUUAAAGAAGAUGAAGAAGGAUCGGAGAGUGAGAAUAAAGAAGAAGAAUGUGAGAAUAUACAGGAUUCGGAAAAAGAUGAAGUAGACAGCAAUAUGAAUAGCUGCAAUUCGUACUUUAAAGACCUCAACGGUCUCAGCACGCCCGAGAUAGUGGUCUCGGACAAGUACGGCACCCAGGACUCGUCGGAGAGCGGCUACACGUCGGCGAGCGAGAUGGCGCCCUCCACCGACGCCUUCGACCUCGGCGCGCUCGCUGAGCUCACGCAGAUGCGCCUGCUCAACAGGUGCCAGGUCUCCAUGUACCGAGAAUACCACCGGGAGACACUUAAGACGCAGGGUGUGAGGCGUUGCAUGAUGUUCAUUUACAAGAUGAGGGCAUACGUGCUGGACAAGGUGUACCUUACACUGGAGAAGCCUGACACAAUAGAAUCAGAAACUCUCAUUGAAGAAGACGGAGAAGAAGUGUUAGAAGAUGCGCGGUAUGACAAUGGAAAACCAGAUGAGCAUGAUGAGGACGCCAUGAAGACCUAUGAGCUUAGACGGUAUGGGUGCUGGUCCGAAGAGUGUAUUUCCAUGCGUCUGCCGUCAUACCGAUCCCAUUUUCUACUGAUCAGUAGCAUCUGCAUGGAGGCCGUGCAUGAUUACCUCUCCUUCAGACUGGAAGCUACCCCUGAACAUCCAAGCUGUCUCACUGUUAAACAGUUGAUCCACGAGCUGCGCGAGGGCCUGGACAUAGCGUCGGAGAUGCGCGCAGACUUCUCGCGCCACGUGCGCGCGGCGCUGGGCGGCCGCGUGGUCGUGCCCGAGGCUGCCAAGGACCUCGCGCUCGUCGCGCAGACCUUCGACACCACCGUCGAGACGCUGCUUAAGCAAUACCUGUCGUACCUGACGACGAUGUCGGAGACGGAGCUGAUGGCUCGCGCCAGGUUGCAGGCGGAGUGGGCGUUCACGGCGCAACUCGCCAAGCGUAUCAAAUGCGCUGCAGUCUUAGCACCAGUCACGUUUUCGAACAUCACCUGUAAUCAACUGAGUAGACUGCUAAAGCAGUUCGAACAAGUUAACGAUUAUGACAGGGAUGCAUCUGAUAGGCACUCUGUGUACGCGGUGUGUCGCGCGGCGCAGCGCACGUACGCGUGCUCGCGCGACAUGGCGCUGCACGCGGCGCAGUGGGCGCGCGCGCUCGCCGCCCGCCUGGCGCGCGCGCCGCCCCCCGCCUACAUGCACGAGCGUGGACAGAUCUUUAACGGCCUUAUGGCCAUUCGGGAUUGCAUCCUGAAACACAUAAUGUUCAUCCUGGAGCGGAGUAAGUCAGCCAUGGCGCUCUACGAGGACACCCGCGAUGAGACCGUCGUCACCAGGGUCAGGGAACUCUUGCUGCAGAUAUACAAGCUAGGAUUUGAGCUGCACAAAGAGUUAUACAAGUAUGUACAUGCCCACAAACUGUUCGAGGAGUUGUCGUUGAGAAGACGGCGCCCUGCCUCCCUGCAGCCGGUCAGAACGCCCAUAGUGGAGCGGCGACGGAGACCUGAGACUAUAUUCGUGCAUGAUACCUCUAAUCCUAUGUUGCACAAAGAAUUGCAUCGCUUCGUGAACGAAGUCAACACCCGUCCGACCCCUCCUCCUCGUCGACAGUCCACGGCGCCGCGGAAACCUCCCCCCAACACGAAGACAGACCGUAAACCCAAGUUCAUGCGCUCCGAGAGUAUUGCGGACGAGUUCGAGAACAACGUCUUUGAUGAAAGGCUCUUUGAUAAUAUUCAUCAUUUUGGUGAAAGGCAGAGCCAGAACAGCAUCGAACUGCUGCUGUCAGGCGAGGCGACGCCCGCUGAAGAGGUGGUAGAGCUUCGACCUGGAGCGGUUGGAGCUGGGUCGGAGGUGGCGCUGAGCGAGGAGCGAGCGUGGGCCGCGCGGGUGGCCCGCGCAGUCAUACAGUUCGCGCGCUGCUGGAUGAGUUUUGUUGUCGAACGGUGUGAUAGAGGCCGGGGACUCCGACCCAGAUGGGCGAGUCAAGGCCUGGAGUUCCUCAUGCUGGCCUGCGAUCCACGCAACACGAAGCAUCUUAGUGAUGAAGAGUUCGAGGAGUUAAAAACCCUGAUGGACGGGUGCAUCUCCCACGUGGUGGGGUCGCGCCCCUCCCCGCUCUCCGCCGCGCACUCCCCGCGCCCCCGGCCCCGCCUGCCUAGUCCAUUCUCAAGCAACAGUUCAUCAAGAGAGGUGGUGACACCGUCCACCCCUCCGCCAGCCGAAAGUGAACAACCCUACUCUAACACACAGUUCCCGGAUUCUGAAACAUUACACGAAAACUUCAAAGCUGCUAUGACAGGUCGCGCGGGGCGCGUGCUGGGCGCGAUCCGCGCGGUGGACGCGGGGCGCGACGCGCGCCUGCGCAGCGCCAAGAGCGUGGGGCGCGUGCUGCCCGCCGCCGUGUGCUACGAGCCCAAGCUGCGCCAGCUCUCCUUCAAGUGGCAGCGCGGCCUCAAGAUCGGCGCCGGCAGCUUCGGGAAGGUGUAUACAAUAGUGAACACGGAGAGCGGACAGCUGCUGGCCAUGAAGGAGCUGUCGGUGGGUGCGGGUGACCGCCGCGCGCUGCAGCGCGCCGCCAACGAGCUGCGCGUGCUGGAGGGCGUGCUGCACCCGCACCUCGUGCGGUACUACGGCUGUGAGCUGCACAGGGAGGAGAUGCUGAUCUUCAUGGAGCUGUGCGUGGAGGGCUCGCUGGAGGCGCUGGUGGCGACGGCGGGCGCGCUGGCCGAGCCCACGGUGCGGCGCUACAGCAAGCAGCUCGUCUCCGCCGUCGCCGAGCUGCACGCAAGGAGCAUCGCGCACCGCGACAUCAAGAGUGGUAACAUAUUCCUGACGAACGAGGGCCACUGCCUGAAGCUGGGUGACUUCGGCUGCGCCGUCAAGAUCCGCGCCAACACCACCGCGCCCGGCGAGCUGCAAGGGUUCGUUGGCACACAAGCGUACAUGGCCCCGGAAGUGUUCAUGAAGUCGUCAGGCCACGGACGAGCGGCUGACAUCUGGUCCUUGGGCUGUGUUGUCACUGAAAUGGCAUCGGGCAAACGUCCAUUCUACCAAUACGACAGCAACUUCCAAAUCAUGUUCCUGGUAGGAAGUGGUGGUCGUCCAGAGAUCCCCUCCACUCUGUCGGAGGAAGGCCAACGGUUCUGCAUGCAGUGUCUAACCCACGACUCGGAGGUUAGGCCUAAAGCUGAAGAUCUCACUCCACAUCACUUUCUUAUGGUGAAAAAUGAUGACGACUGCAAAUGCGAGCCAGCCUUCCUCAUCACAUAG